AAUAAAUGGCCGAGCGACAUUCUAGCCGGCCUCAGAUAGAGACCUGCACGAGUGUCUGAACAGAUCAAUAAAUACCGUUACUGUUCUGACCACUAACUAAUCAGUUCAAGAUCAAGCGUCAUCGCCGAGUCCAACCCACACAUGAAUCUGGUUGGGUCUCUGGCAUCUUAAUGGCUUUGUGUCAUUUCCACAGAUCUCUCUCUCUCUCUCUCUCUAUUCAUGCUUCCCCCUCUCGCUCUUUUAUGAAAACGACAGCUUCUUCGGCUCACUCACUGAGAACAAGCGCACACGGAAGGUCCUCUCUUUAUACUCACGCAGUGAACUUAUCUCUACAAUAAGAAACACCGACCCAGGUCCUGGCCGACCCGGCUUCCGCCGCCAUGGAGGGCAACGGCAGCGGCUCGGUGUCGGGGGAACAGACAGGGGGACACGUUUACGAGGUGGCGGUGGUGCAGAACGUCUCCACCAACCGCACCUCCCAGUUUGCAGACGUGGCCCUGCUGCAGACGUUCAAGGCCCUCAUCAUCCCGUGCUACGUGCUGGUGGUGGUGGUGGGCGUCUUUGGGAACUACCUGCUCCUCUACGUCAUAUGUCGAACCCGCAAAAUGCACAACGUCACCAACUUCUUCAUCGGAAACCUGGCCUUCUCCGACAUGCUCAUGUGUGUGACCUGCGUGCCGUUCACCCUUGCCUACGCCUUCAACCCCCGCGGCUGGGUGUUCGGCCGCCCGAUGUGCUACCUGGUGUUCCUCGUCCAGCCAGUCACGGUCUACGUAUCGGUCUUCACGCUCACGGCUAUUGCCGUGGACAGGUAUUACGCAACAGUUCAUCUCAUGAAGAAGCGCACCUCCGUGGCGACGUGCGCCUCCGUCCUUACCGGCAUCUGGCUGCUGUCCUGCGGCCUGGUUGCACCGGCGAUCGCCCACACGUACCACGUGGAGUUCAGAGAGGAAGGCUUCACCAUCUGCGAGGAGUUCUGGCUGGGCCGGGAGAAGGAGAGGCGCGCGUACGCGUACAGCACCCUGCUGGUCACGUACGUGCUGCCGCUGUCGGCCCUGUUCGUCUCGUACCUGUGCAUCACGGUGAAGCUGAAGAAGUGCGUCGCGCCGGGCCUCCGGACACGGGACCAGGCGGGAGCGCAACAGGCGCGCAAGAGAAAGAUCUUCCGCUUGGUGGCGCUCUUGGUGAUCGCCUUCGCGGUGUGUUGGCUUCCCAUUCACGUGUUCAACGUGCUGCGAGACAUCGACAUCCACCUGAUUAACAAGCGCUACUUCUUACUCAUCCAACUGCUGUGCCACCUGUGCGCCAUGAGCUCCUCCUGCUGCAACCCGUUCCUUUACGCGUGGCUACACGACCGCUUCCGCAUCGAGUUGCGGAAGAUGUUCAAGUGUCCCGGUCGCAUCGGAGUGCGUGCGAAUCACUGCGCCGACAACGGGGUGCUGUGAUCCCCCGGCGAGGAGAAUCCGAUGACGUUAUGUCAGUGUAAUUAAGCGGAGAUGGUGCAUAUAUGGCGUUUUGGAUUCC